AUCAUUUAUCCGCGUUAAGUUUCUCGCUCCCCAAUCGCCAAUCAUAUCAACCCUCGUAUACACAUACAUAUAAAUAUACAAAUAUCUGGUAAUUGUAAUAAUGAUGAUGACGCAGGCAGCAAUGACGACGUAAUGCGCAACCACGUCCUCCGUUUCAUUUCAUCGCUUAAAACCCUCUCCCAGAAACGCACACCAAUUAUGCCUUCGGGAUCCGACCUGACCGCAAACUCCAACAAUCAAAUGGAUACAAAAUUGAAUGAUUUGGUGGCUGCCAAUGGAAUCUGCGGUGUUUUACAGAAAUGGGUUAAUUAUGGUAAGGGAUGGAAGCCUAGGUGGUUUCUUUUGGAAGACGGUGUGAUUUCGUAUUAUAAGAUUCAUGGUCAUCGGAAGGUGUUUGUUCAUCAGGACACUUUCAAAGGCUUUAGAAUUAUUGGUGAUGAUUCGAAUAAGCGCAUUUUAAGGAGUAGUAGUAAGUCUAGUAAUAAUUCGAAAGCUGGAAUUCACGAUUUCACGCCUGUUGGCCAAGUUCAUCUCAAGGUUUCAUCAAUUCGAGAAAGCAGGUCGGAUGACAAAAGGUUUUCGAUAUUUACGGGUACUAAGAGGCUGCAUCUCAGGGCAGAAACUCGCGAGGAUCGCCAGCAGUGGCUUGAAGCAUUGCAUGCUGUAAAGGGCAUGUUCCCCCGAAUGUCCAAUACUGAACUAUUGUCUCCUAUAGACAAUGUCACAGUUUCAACAGAAAAGUUACGGAAACGCCUGUUGGAAGAGGGUGUCAGUGAGGAAGCUAUCCAGGAUAGUGAACAAAUAAUGAGAAAUGAGUUUGCAUAUCUGCAGAGCCAACUUAUUCUUGUUCGGCAGAAACACUGGCUUAUGGUUGACACACUGCGACAUUUAGAGACUGAUAAGGUUGAUCUGGAGAACACGGUGGUUGACGAGACUCAAAGACAACUGAAGGGGGUUGGAACGUCCUCUAGAUCUCUGCUGGAAAAAUAUAGUGAGGGAAGUGCAAGUGAAUCUGAAGAUGAUAAUGAAAGAGUAGACAAUGUGGAGGAAGAGUCAGACGAGGAUGAUAAUGCCUUCUUUGACACUCAAGAAUAUCUCUCAUCAAAUUCAUUCAGAAGCAGUGGGUCCGACUAUCUAACAUCAUCUUUUUCAUCAGAUGAAGAAUUUAGCUCAGAGUUACAGGGCAUUGACCCUUCAAUUAGGUCUGCUGGUGCUACCUUCCCCAAAGUUAAGCGUCGUAAGAAAUUGCCGGACCCGGUGGAAAAGGAAAAGAGUGUUAGUCUGUGGUCCAUGAUUAAAGACAAUAUUGGGAAAGAUCUUACUAAAGUAUGUCUUCCAGUGUACUUUAAUGAGCCUCUCUCCACUCUCCAGAAGUGUUAUGAAGAUCUUGAAUACUCGUAUCUUCUUGAUCGGGCAUAUGAAUGGGGCAAAAGUGGUAAUAGCCUUAUGAGGAUCCUGAAUGUAGCUGCAUUUGCAGUUUCUGGUUAUGCUUCUACUGAAGGAAGGAGUUGCAAACCAUUUAAUCCGUUGCUGGGGGAGACGUAUGAGGCUGACUUUCCCGAUAAAGGCCUUCGAUUUUUCUCUGAAAAGGUUAGUCACCAUCCAAUGGUUGUAGCAUGCCACUGUGAGGGUACAGGAUGGAAAUUUUGGGGAGAUAGCAAUUUGAAAAGUAAAUUUUGGGGUCGCUCAAUUCAGCUUGAUCCUGUUGGAAUCUUGACCCUGGAAUUUGAUGACGGUGAAGUUUUUCACUGGAGUAAGGUCACAACAUCCAUAUACAACCUUAUUUUGGGGAAGCUGUAUAUGGACCACUAUGGCACAAUGCGGAUACAGGGAAGCAGAAACCAUUCAUGUAAACUUAAGUUCAAAGAACAGUCUAUUAUGGAUCGGAAUCCUCAUCAGGUGCAAGGCAAUGUCCAAGAUAUGAAUGGAAAGACAGUUGCCACUUUGUUUGGGAAGUGGGAUGAAAGCAUGCAUUAUGUGGAUGGAACCUCUGCUAAAGGAAAGAGAUCUGAUCAGUCAGAAGCUCAUCUGCUCUGGAAGCGAAACAAACCUUCUAAGUUCCCUACUAGAUAUAAUUUCACACGCUUCGCAAUGACACUGAAUGAGAUGACUCCUGGAUUAAGGGACCAGCUGCCGCGAACAGAUUCGAGGCUAAGACCUGAUCAAAGAUGCCUAGAAAAUGGGGAGUACGAGAUGGCAAAUGCUGAAAAGCUAAGAUUAGAGCAGCGACAGCGGCAGGCUCGUAAAAUGCAGGAGAGGGGAUGGAAGCCACAAUGGUUUGCCAAGUGUGAAGGAAGUGAAUCUUACCAGUAUAUAGGUGGAUAUUGGGAAGCUAGGGAAAAUGGAAACUGGGAUUCAUGUCCGGAUAUAUUCGGUCAAAUAUCUUCUGACCAGGUGGCAGACUAAGUACGCUUCAGCUUCUACAACAUUCUCUAUUUUUGUAUAGUUCAUAGAAAUAUAGAUAGAGUGCUAUCAAAUUUGAUGUGAGCCACAGAGUACAUAAUAGCGGUUGUAUGACAUGAUCUUCCAUUACAUUACCCUGUAAGAAACUGAAAUGAUGGGUAGCAACAGGUAAUAUUACAGAAUUGUUUUUCUGGUAUUUAUCAGGUGUCCUCGUUCUGGUUAAAGGAGGAGUUGCAGCCUGAUCUAGUUGUAAAUUAUACUGCAAUAUUAUCAGUUGCAUAUAGAAAGAAAAUGCUCAAAUUGUGUUGCAAUUCAAAGUUUUGUAUUAU